AGCCCGCGUGCAUCUUUGCGUUGGUCGAAGUAUAAAGCGUCGUCGUAGUAGAAGUGGCAGUCAUUCGGACGCAGACAGUGCGCCGGUAAACAAGUGAAUAUUUGAACAUAAAUAAGUUUUAGUGAUACAAGGAGUGAACCACUUUAAAAAUCAUGCGGUGGUCAACGAUUACUUUUAUAUUACUGCCAAUAAUAUUCGCCAGUACCACUGCAGAGUGGUCGUGGGGCGGAAAAGAAGACUCCAAACCGGCCGACGAACUCCACCAGAAUGCUUCGCCUUUGUUACAAGGAGAACAGUUACCCGAAGCUCAAGAGAAAAACUUUGAAUCUAACAGCACAGUACUUGAUGACAUUGUCGACGAGUUAGUGAGCAGCAAGCAAGGAAGAAGCCUGGGCGGCUUUGACGAUGUCUACAGUGACCCCACUAUUAAGGAAGCAUUGGACUCCGGAGACGACGCUGAAGCUCGAAACCUAAUCAAAGGGAGAUUGUGCACCCUAGGUCUCAUACAAUGUGAAGACGAAGAUAGCCAGGAAAAACGUACAUACCUGUCGCCGGAUGAAGUCAUUUACGCUCAACCCGUUGAUAUCAAGCCCAUUGGGAAACCCAUUGCAUCAAUUCCGGUCCGAGGCCCACCAAGAGCUUAUGGUCCACCUCAGCCUAUGUCUUACCGUCCACGACCUCAGAAAAUUCCACCUAAGAGAGUCGGCUACGGCGGCAAUGUCAGACCUGGUUUCUCUGAAAAGUAUGGCGUAGCAGGAGGCAACUUCCAAUUCUCACAAAACAGUUAUAAUGCCCACGAAUCAAACUUCGUUACCAAAUCCCCUAUUUAUGCGACCCCAGGUCCAUACGCUUAUGAGAAUGCCAAACCAGCAUACAACAAAUAUCCAUCUCAUUCAGACACAAAGACUGAUACCGUUGUUCAACAACACAUCCAUCACCACUACGUACACGAAGACAACAAAGAUCCCAAAGUUAUUAUUAAACCAGUGGCAGUUCCUGUAGGAUCUGUAGGUCAACUGAAUUCACAAUCUCUUGGAUCUCAAUCACUUGGGUCUCAAUCAUUUGGAUCUCAGUCUUUUGGAUUACAAUCUUCUGAUAUUAUAUCGGCUGGUGGUGACUACAGCAGUAUAACAUCUGGUGGAUUUAAACCCAUGUCAGGAGGAUUCCACUCAGAUACUAAACCGAUUUACGAAUCUGACACAAUUUACGGAUCUCAAUACGGCCACCAAUCUAACAAAGUUGGUCAUAAUGGGAAUAUUUUAACCCAAAGCUUACCCAAUCAAUUUAAUAACAACGCAUUUGAAGAUCAAAAGUAUGGAAACGGAUUGGGUAGUUACGCUUCUCAGAGCAACGAAUUUUACAAAAAAGAGUUGCAUGUAGGUUCCCAAAACAAUAUUUACAAUCAAGGACCAUCAACUUUCGGACAAAGCAAUGGUUAUGCCGAAAACUACCACGAAGCCAAAGCACAAAACUUUGACUGUGUUUGUGUAAACUAUGACCAAUGUCCAAGCCAAGAAGUAAUUGGCCGCAGAGAUGACCUGUACUUACCAAUUGACCCUCGCAACAAAGGUAGUGAGAUUGCUGCAUUAACUGAGGAGCAAUUAGAUAAUCUAAACAAAACUGACAUCGCAACUGCUACUGCUGAAUCCGCUGCCAACGCUACUGAAAUCAAGAAAUUAAGCAAACGUGAAACUAAAGAAGAAACUCCUUCUGAGGCUGCGAAGGAGGCUGAACCGCGCUCGCCUCGAUAUCCUGGCUUCAACGAGCAUACCGGUCAUGACCAAAAACAUGUGGAGCCCACGUUUGGUGUCUCUUUUGCCUUGCCCCAGGGACCCCAGAGUUCUAACUUCCAUCCUUUCAAUCCGCACCUUCGUCCUUUCAGUUCUGCCAUAAUGGCCGGUGGUAUUAAUUUGGGACUCGCCGUUGUCAAUCCUGUAUUCUCUCUUCAAGUUACCAAAACUCUUGAAGGACCAGCCUACCCGCCACAAUAUAAUUUUCCACAUUAUCCACCUCCCCGACCACAUCAUCCACACCCUCCUCCCAACUAUAUACCUCCACCACACUCUACCUUCAGAGGUUAUCAUGACUACGAAGAUGAUAGCGAUACAUACGGCGGUGAGGAUUACCCUCACCCUGAAUACAGAAGCCUACACAAUGAAGAUAGAUUAGAAAAAAAUUCUGACGUUUCUGAUCACGGUACUCAUGUAAAUAGAUCAUCCUAUUCCCGCUCCCUUGACCUUCCUUCAACGCCUCCUCGGGCAAAUCGGGGAUACCAAACAGUCCGAUUUCCUGAAACGAGAAGGAAGAGAGAAAUCGAUGUAGGAAAUAUGUCCGUAAUUAUAGAAGAGCGUCAAGGAUAUUUUGGUCGUCCUCCAGUGCAACAGUGCAGACCUAACCAGGUUUGCUGUCGUCGUCCUCUGCAACCACAAGCAGCUAACAAAGGACAGUGCGGCAUCAGACACUCUCAAGGAAUCAAUGGCAGAAUCAAAACUCCCGCUUACGUCGAUGGUGAAAGUGAAUUCGGGGAAUACCCAUGGCAAACAGCUAUCCUGAAGAAGGACCCGAAAGAAUCUGUAUAUGUCUGCGGUGGAACACUUAUUGAUGGACUUCAUAUUUUGACUGCUGCUCACUGUGUUAAAUCAUACAAAGGUUUCGAGUUAAGAGUGCGUCUUGGGGAAUGGGACGUGAAUCGUGACGUCGAGUUCUAUCCAUACAUUGAAAGAGACAUCGUGUCUGUCCACGUACAUCCUCUUUACUACGCCGGCACUUUGGACAACGACCUCGCUAUUUUAAAGAUGGACCACCCUGUCGAAUGGACUAAAUAUCCUCACAUCAGUCCCGCUUGUUUGCCAGACAAGUACACCGACUAUUCUGGUCAAAGAUGCUGGACUACCGGUUGGGGUAAAGAUGCUUUUGGAGAUUACGGAAAGUACCAGAACAUUCUGAAAGAAGUUGAUGUGCCUAUUCUUUCCCACGGCCAAUGCCAACAACAGUUGAGGCAAACACGUUUGGGUUACAAUUACGAACUAAACCCUGGCUUCACAUGUGCCGGUGGUGAGGAAGGAAAAGACGCGUGCAAGGGUGACGGUGGUGGCCCCCUGGUCUGUGAGCGCAGCGGUACCUGGCAGAUCGUGGGCGUCGUCUCGUGGGGUAUCGGCUGCGGCCAGCCUGGAGUACCUGGUGUCUACGUUAAAGUUGCUCACUACUUAGACUGGAUCUCACAGAUCACUGGGAAAUUCUCUCCCUAUUAAUCAUGAAAGUCUUAAUUAAAAGACAUCUACAAUUAAUUUAUUGGACAUAAAAGUAUCUGAUAUUUAUUUUUAGGAUUUAGAUGUACUUAUUUAAUAUUUAUUACUUAUAAGCUUUGGAUGGUAAUAUCCAGAGCAUCCGAGUAAUUGCGUAUGCAGAUAUUUGUAUUUGCUGUUGUGUAAUAAAAAUAGAUAUGAAUUAUAAUAA